GACGAUGACGUCUGCUUUUAUUGAGGGAUCACGUUGUUUAGAAAGGGAAAGUUUUAAGCAGGAGAUACAGGAGUAAAAUCAGGUGCACCUUCGAUAGAUUCUGAUUUUCGUCUAUUUUGACUUUAUUCUUAUAUUCAACGCGUCUACGGUUUAUCUUCAGAUUACUGUGAUUAAACAGACGAAUCUUUUUCUCCGGAAUGUUGACUAUUAUUGUGGCUUUACUGGUGAAUCUCUUCAUAGAGACUUCUGAGUCGUUCACUGUUGUGGUUCCUCGUGAUCAGACAGUGGCUCGUGUCGGGUCCACAGUCACUCUGCCCUGCUGGAUCUCUCCUCCUGAGAACGCUGAAGUUCUGGAGAUCCGCUGGUACCGUCAGGACCAGUUCAGCAACCCUGUUCUCCUCUAUCAGAAUGGGAAGACCAUCCAGGAGGAAUCGUACAGGAACCGAAGCUCACUGACUCUGUGGUCGGAUCAGUCUGGUGGACUGAAGAAUGGAGACGUCUCUCUACGGCUGGAGAAACUCAGGAUUCAGGAUGAAGGUUCAUUUCACUGUUAUGUCAGUGGAGAAAGUGUGUAUGACAGCGGAGAGGUGGUUCUCAAAGUCAUUGAUCCACCAGAUUCAUCAGAUCCAUGGAUGGCUCUUUUCAUCAUCGCCUUCAUCUGUGUUCUGGGCUUGAUUGGGUUUAUCCUGUACAAAUACAGACUUAAACUAACAGUUUGUGACGAUGAAACUAUGGAGAGUCUGACAAAAGUUCGUGAUGAUGAAUCUAUGGAGAGAGAGACAAAAGAAGAUGCGGGCAGUUCUUCAUGGUGUGCUGGGGCUGCUGCUCCACAUGUCCAUUCACAGCCAUCAGAGACUGUGAAAGACACAAAUACGGAAGAACAGAAGAAAGAUACAGUAGGUGAACAAGACUCAUCAAACCAAGAAGAGAAACCCACAGGAUUGAGUCCUGACCAGACUAGUCCUUCAGCAGAUGAGGGCAGUUCUUCAUCGUGUGCUGGGGCUGCUGCUCCACAUGUCCAUUCACAGCCAUCAGAGAGGAAGAAAACCAUUAAAAAAAUUUGUGAAGAUGAAACUAUGGAGAGUCUGACAAAAGUUCGUGAUAAUGAAUCUAUGGAGAGAGAGACAAAAGAAGCUGUGAAAGACACAAAUACGGAAGAACAGAAGAAAGAUACAGUAGGUGAACAAGACUCAUCAAACCAAGAAGAGAAACCCACAGGAUUGAGUCCUGACCAGACUAGUCCUUCAGCAGAUGCGGGCAGUUCUUCAUGGUGUGCUGGGGCUGCUGCUCCACAUGUCCAUUCACAGCCAUCAGAGAGUGUGGGAGACACAAAUAUAGCAGAACUGAGGAAACAUGCAGUUCAGAUCACUAUUGAUCCUAAACGUUCACAUCCAGGUCUGAUGGUUUCUCCAGACGGUAAAACAGUGAGAGACGCUCCAGAUUAUAAACACACUGGAGAGGGAUUUCCAUAUGAAUUAUGUGCAGUUGGAGCUCAAAGAUAUAAAUCUGGCCGUCGCUAUUGGGAGGUAGAGUUGGCAUUAGAAGAUAAACCUCCUAAAAACUACUGGUUAAUUGGUGUGACGAAACAUGGAAAUUUUCGUAUGAAAAACAGAUCUGCUGUAACUCCAUCAAACCAUAGCUGGUUCUUGUGUUCAGACGGUCCUAAUGGCUUUUACACCAGCUCUGAUCCUAAAUGUGAUCCAUCAGUUUCUCUCUCACUGACGCCGAGACCCGAACGACUGGGAGUUCUGUUAGAUUAUGGUGAAGGUCAGCUGUCAUUUUACAAUGUCAAAGAGAGGAAACAUGUGCUGACCAUGAACAUCAGAUUCCCUGGAGCAGUCGAUCCGCUGUUUAAUCCAGGGGUCGGAGAUCAGAGUUCACUUAUGAUUCUGGAUUGUCCAGAACCUGUAGAAACACCUGUAGAGUCCAGUGAACCUUUACUGAGGAACAGCUCAGACGCCUGACUGACCAAUCCUGUGUGUUCAGGCCGAAUGAAGCUCGUGCAGAUCCAGACACAGAUGCUUCUCCCUCUUUCCCAUCGUUACACAUCAGAGUCGAUCAGAGGACGAACAUGAGACGACUGAAGGAAAAUGCUAUAAAACCCAAAUGGGUGGAAAUAUGGAUGAGGAAAGUGUCGGUUCUCAGCAGCAUCUCGACUGAAGUCUAAACUUGUAUAUUAUGAAUAUUGGCUCUUAUACGAUAAACUCGUUCUUCAUUUGUAAGUCACUGAUAAAAGCCUCUGAUUAUGAAUGUUAAUCCAAAUCUUCAGCCUUACAGGAGGAACAAGACUUAAAGGGUCUCAAAAUGCUCAAAAAUAUGAUUUACUUUUUACUGUAUUUUGAUGGAGAAACAUGAUGUCUAAAAU